UACACAAUGAUCGGCCACGAUGGUUGCACUCAAAGCCUUGGAGUCAUUCCUUGUGCUAUAUCUUGGCUUUUCAAGCUCAUUAACAGGAAGAAAGACAAGACAUGGGCAAACAUCUCAGUUUCUGUGUCAGCUGUAGAGGUCUGUGGGGAAAACAAUGCCAUCAGAGAUUUACUCUCUGAUGUUGACACAGACAACUGCAAGAUGAACUAUAAACCAGAUGCUUACUUCAAAGAGGACGCCAUCUAUGGAGUACAGCUUUGCAACCACAGUGUACUUAAUGCUCCAACUCCAGAAAGAGCAGCUUUCCUUCUAGAUGCAGCUCUUGCAUCUCGCAGUGGGAUGGUGGACAGCGGAGGGAGGCCACCACAUUGUUGUCACAUGUUCUUCACCCUCCAUGUUCGCCAACAGCACAUAGGAAGCGGCACCAAAUCUGGGAUGAAUGUGGAUCAAAGCAAGCUGAGCCUGAUUGAUUUAGGGAGCUGUGUGGGGGAGAGGGAAGAAAGCAACUGUGGAGUCUGCCUCGCUGAACUUGGAAACUUUAUCACAGCCAAUCUCAACAGGCAUAAUAACGUCCCAAAUAGGGGAAGUAAAUUAGCAAUGCUUUUGCAAGACUCUCUGAGCAAUGUCAACUGCUCCACUACAGUUAUUGCCCAUAUAUCCACCUUGUCUGAAGACCUUACAGAAAGCCUUUGUACGAUGCAGACAGUGACUCGGAUGCGAAGUCAAAAAAAGAAGAUAAGGAAAUCUUCCUCAAGCUCACCUGGAGGAAGAAGCUUGGGCAACGAGAGGAAAUGUAAUACGUCCACUAAGCUAAGAUUCCAAUCUACAGGGACGCUGGAUCGAGAUCUCUCCUCUCCUGGUUUCUCUAGUGAUCCAGCAUUUUACCCUGGGAGUGAUAACUCUUGUGAUACCAUUAGCUCCGUGGAUCCUUCUGGCCUCCUAGAUAAAGAAGUUACAAAUAGAAGCAGAGAGGUUUUGCCUAUUAUUCCCUCUUUUCUCAAGAGCAAACUGGAGUCCAAGAAGCUCUCGCUGAUGAAGUUUUGUGAAAUCUCUCCACCAGUUGCCAAUCACAUGAAGCAGAUAUCAAAAGAAAAGGUUAAAGAAGAGGCAACACCUAAAACAAUGCAAGAUAGAUCAGAUUUUGAGUGUCUGAAGUGCAACACGUUUGCAGAACUCCAGAAUAGACUGGGAAACAUAGACGGAACAGAAUUGGAUCAAUGCAAAGAUCAGGAAGUGAACACUUUGAGCAAAUUACCUCACUUAAGCCCAACAAAGAAGCAAUCCAAUUUAUUGGACAUUCAAGCAUCAAACAACAGAGAAUCCAAUAGCACCAGACAAGGAAACUCCUCAAAAGCAUUUUCGAUGAUUCACAACAGUGAAGAAAUUCCAAGUACCGCCAGUUCUCCGAUUAUUCAGAAAUGUCCGUCACAGUUAGAUACCGUCAAACCGAUCGAUCCCAUGCUGUCUAGCCAAUCUCCAAGCAAAUCUCAGCUUCAUAAUAAAAUAACGAAUGUGAUGCCCACUGCACUAUCUUUGAAAUUGGAAGACCAAGGUAAAAUGAGAUUAUUGGAUGCUUCCACAAUGCAAUCUCAGACACGAAUUUCUCCCAUCGGCAAGAGUUCUCAGAAAUCUACCUCAUCCUCUUCUUUUUCAUCAUCCCUAUCUUCUAGUUUGAGCUCACCACCGGCUGUUUCUGCCUUUUUGAAUGGAGACAUUUCAAAUUGUACAGGACAAAAACAGAGAGAGAUGCGGGCCACCAUCACUGUGACUGUUCAGAAGCCGCUGGAUCUUAAUGGAGAUGAUGAGCUUGUGUAUACCGUGGUUGAAGAGGUGACAAUAAAUGGGGCCUCUGAGCAAGGAAAGGCACAAAUAUUAAGUAUUCAUGAGUCGCACUCUCUCCAGGCUCUAACUCCAGGAAGUCAGUCUGUCAGGAUUAUCGGCAGCGUAGGUGAAGAACAAAUAGCAAGUUAUUAUAGUUCCAACUCUAAUGCACAGACUUCAGAGAAUGAAGUCUCCACGGCCUCAUCAGAUGGAGCUGUGAAACACACAAAAACCAAUGCUCAUACUGACAAGGCAAGUGACUUAAUUGAUUCUAAAAACCUGCCGCAGCAUGAUACUUGGCCUGAGGUGGCCCUGACUGAAGAUGUGAAGGAGAUACCUAAAGGAGCCAUUGUUAAACUUGACCCUCCCUGUGAGGUCUCCAAGUCUGGAAAAUAUACUUGUGAAUUUAAACCCGAGCAGAGUUGGAUGUGCCGAAACAACAAGAAAGACGUCAAGGAUGUCCCUCAAAUGAAAACAGAACAAAAGAACCCACAUAGUCCAAGAGGAACUUAUGAGAAGAAACAGUAUACCAAGAAAGACAGUCUUGUGGAAUGGACCAAAGACAAUUUGCCAUCAACGUCAACAAAUAGUCCUAAUCUCAAGAGAAAAGAGAGGAAAGAAGAAUCUGGAAUAGCCGGAAGUGCAAUGCUAAACCUGGCUACUGAAACUAAGACCAACACUAAAUGUCAUUUUGAGGAGAGCAGCAAAUUGUUCAACGAAAAAAUGACAACAUUAUCCAGCAGGAGCCAAACUUGGGAUCAUAGUAAGAGCGGGCGCUCAACAGGAAGCCUGGAAAGUCAUUCUAGCUCAAGACUUAAAAGCAAAUUUCUCGAAGAGACUGUUUUUAUCGAUAUGGCUCGGAAAGGUUUAGAUAAAGACUAUAUUUCAGCUCAACCCAGCCCUUUAGGUUUUAAAGAAGACUUUGAGGACUUCGUAAGGUGUCGAGCUAGUCAGAGUCUCGGGAGGGUUCCACAGUUCUUUCCAAUGCAUGAUGUCAAUUAUGCAACCCGGCCAUUUAAAAACGGUCACUCUAAGAGCACAUCAGUUAAUAAAUUCAUGCCCAGUUCGAAGAUCCACAAGAUGCCAAUCUUGUCCCCAAAACCCACUAGACACUCGAUCAACAGGAGCUCAAGCUUUUCUCCUAAUGGCGCACCAGUCAGCCAAAGCUGCUGGUCAACACUCUCCCUAUCCCGAAGUCAAGACAACGGUGGUUUGAAGUCACCCAAUGCAGUCCGGAAAGGAAGAGCUGAGCUUUUAAGAAGCAGUAGGGACUCGCUUUCUGCUUUUAGUCAAGGUGGGUCUGAUUUAGAUGAAUGUGAGGAACUGGGGACCAUGACACCUUUUGUUCACACAAUGCCGUCCCCGUAUAGCCGGAUCACAGCUCCACGAACACCACACCACUGCAGCGGCCAUGCCAGUGAUACCACCAGUGUUCUCAGUGGAGAUCUGCCUCCUGCCAUGUGUAAAACAGCUUUACUCUAUAACAGGGGCAGUAUGGUCACUAGCGGCUAUGACAGCAUGCUUAGAGACAGUGAAGCUACAGUCAGCAGCAGUUCAACGCACAAUUCCAUCAGCGAUCAGACCUGCUCGCUCGGUGCUACUAAAGGCUUGAAAAGUACCAAGAAAGGAACCAACAUAGGGGCCAGUCUAAGAUGUCCAUCCCAAGACAACCUCCUGUCUCUGAAGAGGUCCGUCAGUGGGCCCAAAACGCACCGGGUGGAUCGGGGUGGUUCCGACUCUUAUGAAAUUAAAGUCUAUGAGAUUGAUAAUGUAGAUGGCGUACAGAAGAGAGGUGGGGCAGGGAACAAGGUGAGGUUCAAAAUGUGUCAAUGAAACAAAUCGUCUGUCUGUCUGCUCUGUUUCAUUUACAAACUGCUGUCUUUGUAUAGUCCAUUAAAUUGAUAGUGCUUGAUUCAACUCUUACAGUUUUCUGAAUUGCUUAGACAUAAAAAAUCUGUUAUUUAGCCAGUUGACUUGCAACACUGUUUUCUAUAAGUAAAGGCUGGGAUACCUUACACAGCUUUCACCUAGAUUUUUCCCGGAUUUGCAGUCUGGAGGAGAACGUUAGUUGGCAACUCUCAAAGCAGUCAGUUUUGGUGCGAGUUUGUUUAUAAUAAUUUUAAAAGUCAUGUAGUGUAUUCCAGUCUUGAGACUAAUUUCUCAAAACUUUUUUUUUUUUUUUACUCUGGCCCAAACUAUACACAAAAUACUGAUUAAGAUCAGUAUCGAUUAUACAUACUAUUUUUUACUAUUUCUGAAGAAUAUGCAACUUUUUGUUGAAAAGUUAGGAAAUAUUUUACAUUAGUUUUUCAAAUUUGUUAUUUGUAUAGUUUUCAUUUAACUAUUUAUUUGUUUUCAUUCAACAAUGUACAAAUCCAGGACAUUUUGACAGUGCUGUGUACUCUUAUAUACAAUGAUUCAAAUACAAUUCUUUUUUAAAGUAGUAAAGAUACUUUUUCUCAAAUUGUGCUUAAUUUAAUCAAAACAAUAUUGUUAUCACAAAACCAAACCUGUAUGUUCAGGAAUGUAUGCUCUUUGUUUUUGUUUUUGUGUUCUUAUUUUUCACUUUAAUUUAUGUUGCAGAGUAAAAUGUAAAGUUCCACAUUCAUUGUAGUAAGCAUUCAUGAUCGUAUUGUU